GCUGCACCCCAUCCUAGCGCCACCGCCGGGGUUCUGGAGCGCAGACGUCGCUUUGACGCGGUAGUACAGGGGUUCUCAAACUGGGGGGAUCGUGACCCCUCGGGGUCGCAAGGUGGUUACAUGGGGGUCGCGGGCUGUCAGCAAUGUGGGGCUGACAGUGCCGAGCCCCCGUUAACUUAACCCCCUUUUUAAUUUAGAAGGGGUGGAGGGGGUCAAACUCAGAGGCUAAAAGGUUUGAAAAGCACAGUAGUAGUACGUAGCCUGGAAAUUCAUGCGCAGUGCUGUGGUUUCUGAGUGCUUUCUGUUAAAAGCGGAAGGGGCUACGCUUCUUGUCUCUGAAGCCUGGGAGUGUUCGAGCCACAGGAAACGGCCCUAGCUCCGGCACAGAAAUGGGGACACCUUGGUGUGUAUGGCUCACUCUCCUCCUUUUCUACAAAGCCGGAUCCUCCAGAGCAGAGGCAGGCACGACGGAGCUGAGCGCGAUUCUGGGGGGCUCCAUCACUUUCCCUCUGGGGAUCCCAGCAGAGCAAGUUAAAACUGUUGCAUGGACACGAAACACAACGAGGAGUGUAGUAACUGUAGCGGCAGGAAACCCCCCCCAUGUCAUUGUGUCAGACGCAUCCUACGAGGGACGCCUGAGCGUCCCUGCCGAGAGCUACUCGCUUCAAAUCAGCAGCCUGAGGAUGGAGGACACGGGCACCUACAAAGCUCAAAUCAGGACAGCUACAGACAUAGACAGACACUUCCUGCUGCGCGUGUUCAAGCAAGUACCGGAGCCAGCUAUCGUCUGUGACUCAGUGACGUGUGUGAAUGAAACCUGUAACUACAACCUGAGCUGCACCGUCAGGGAUGGAGGGGAGAAUGUGACCUACAGCUGGACUCGCCCAGCAGGGGGCGCUGUGGUGUCCAUUGGACCCAUUCUGACCAUCUUCCAGGGACCCCGUGAUGCUCACCUGGCCGUCACCUGCACAGCACAGAACCCCGUCAGUCACAGCUCCACAACGGCCUCUGCAAAGGACCUUUGUGUAGUUGCAACAACGCCACUUUACCACAUGAUGUCAACAACCACCCUCACUGUACCACCAUCUGCCCGUAGGGCUGCAAUUGCCGUUCCAAUUACUGUGGUCAUCAUCGUCCUUGUCAUCAUUGCUCUGUGGUUCCUGUACAAGCAGAGGCGCAAAAAAGAGGCCGAUGCAGAAACAAACACAGUUUAUGCCAAAGUCGGUAAUUCGCCACAGGUUUGCAGUAGAACGGGGACGCAGAAAAGGGGUCCGGAGACCAAGGAGGACGAGACAAAAACGAUCUAUUCCAAGGUCCAUCACCCAAACCAGUCGCCUCCGCAAACGGAUGAUGAGAAGCUGUGCAAGGAAGGCCUGGAAUCCAUGGGGAAGGGCGAGAAAACCAUUUAUACCACAGUCAACCAGCCAAACCCGGCACGUGGGACAAAGACCGCCAAGUCCACAGAUGCUGAUGAUUCUGCGGCCACUCCAAAACCUCAAGCGACAACAGAAUACGACAAGAUCAUCUAAUAGCUUGUCAAGGCAACACAAACAUGCAGCGAGAAACAAGGAAUAAUUGAGUACGCCGCAGACGACAGCCAAACAGCAGAGGAUCAAUGAGUAUAAUUUGUACAGCGCCUGGCACCAUAGGGUCCUAGUCCCUGGCUGGGGCACCUGUCAAGUACUGCAAUUGUAAUGUGGACAGAUCCCAGUCCUUGGUGGGUGGGAUCAAACCGGGGACCUCCGGAGCUUAAAGCAUGAGCCUCUACCGCAUGAGCUACAAGCCAGCUGGCUGUUAGCUGAGGAUGCAGAGCAGACUCAUUAACGGCUCUCUCUCUGCGUGGUCUAGGUGCUAGACAGACCACAUCCAGACGGUGUGUGGGUUACACGAUGCAAAUAAAAACCACAUACAGGCCCAACAAAGAUAAUAACAGAACGCCGCUAGCCGUCACCUUCAGCCCCCAACUAAAACCCCUCCAACGCGUCAUCAAGGAUCUACAACCUAUCCUGAGGGACGACCCGUCACUCUCACAGAUC